AUGGAACGCAUUGGUUACGACUCAGACACCCAAACAUACUAUUAUCGUGAUGACGAUGGAGGCACGUGGAAGGGCGCAGAGGGCGCUGAAUAUAGCGAGAUGACCCGUGACGCUCCUUCAAGAACUGAAGAUAUCGAAGCUGCUCCUCGUCAAGCAGACGGGUAUCAACAGCUCGCUACUGACCUCGACCGGCCUAUGGUCCCAAUAACCUACAUCCCCAACCCCAGCGCCUACCGCACCCUCUUCCCAUUCUUCCUCAUCAUAGCCGUCAUUCUACUUCUCGUAUGGCGGCUCAUCCUCUCACCGGGUUUGUCCGUACCAAAGAGCCCGUGCUUGCAGGAUAUGCAGGCAUAUUGGGUCCAGGCGGGCGAUUCGUGCUGGGAGAUUGCGAACAGACAUGGGUACACUCUUGAGGAGCUGCGAGGCUGGAACUCGGAGGUAGAAUGUGAAUCGUUGAUGCCCGGGACCACGAUUUGUUUACCGGUGGAGA